AUGCGACGCAGGAAUGUGAAAGGCUCCCGCCCUCCGCCGCCAUUUUCUUUCUUUCUUGGCAGGCAGAGCGCGCGGUAGGCAGAGCGGCGAGGCGGCCAUGUCGGACUACUCUACGGUGCCCCCUCCUUCCUCGGGUCCCCCCGGCGGAGGCGGAGGAGGAGGAGGCGGCGGCGGCGGAGGAGGCGGAGGGGCGGUCAAUGACGCUUUUAAGGACGCGCUGCAACGGGCCAGGCAGAUUGCAGCAAAAAUUGGAAAUGAAUCAGGGACAUCAGUGAAUUCAAAUGACUACAGUUAUGGGGGACAAAAAAGACCUCUUGAAGAUGGAGAUGGCUCUUGGACAAGUCCGAGCAGUACAACACACUGGGAGGGAAUGCCCUCUCCUUUUAAAGAUCAGCCAGAGCCUAAGAAGGUUGCGCCUCCAAAUAAUGAUUCUUUUGGAAACCAGUUACCACCCAUGCAUCAACAACAGAGAUCUGUAAUGACAGAGGAAUACAAAGUUCCUGAUGGAAUGGUUGGAUUCAUAAUUGGCAGAGGAGGAGAACAAAUAUCUCGUAUACAACAAGAAUCUGGAUGCAAAAUACAGAUUGCGCCUGAUAGUGGUGGGCUGCCUGAAAGAUCUUGCAUGCUAACUGGAACUCCAGAGUCAGUACAGUCUGCAAAGAGGUUGCUUGAUCAGAUAGUUGAAAAAGGAAGACCUACACCAGGAUUCCACCAUGGUGAUGGUCCAGGAAAUGCAGUCCAAGAAAUUAUGAUUCCAGCAAGCAAAGCAGGAUUGGUUAUUGGAAAGGGUGGAGAGACAAUAAAGCAACUUCAGGAGCGAGCAGGCGUUAAGAUGGUAAUGAUUCAAGAUGGACCACAGAACACUGGAGCAGACAAACCUCUUAGAAUCACAGGAGAUCCUUACAAAGUUCAACAAGCCAAGGAAAUGGUUUUAGACCUCAUUCGUGAUCAAGGUGGUUUUAGAGAGGUGCGCAAUGAAUAUGGAUCAAGAAUAGGAGGCAAUGAAGGACUAGAUGUUCCAAUACCACGAUUUGCUGUUGGGAUUGUAAUUGGAAGAAAUGGGGAAAUGAUAAAGAAAAUACAGAAUGAUGCUGGUGUGAGGAUCCAGUUUAAACCAGACGAUGGGACAACUCCAGACAGAAUAGCACAAAUCACAGGUCCUCCAGACAGAUGCCAGCAUGCAGCAGAAAUUAUUACAGAUCUUCUUCGAAGUGUUCAGGCUGGUAAUCCUGGUGGUCCAGGGCCUGGAGGUCGUGGAAGAGGUAGAGGUCAGGGCAACUGGAAUAUGGGACCACCUGGUGGACUGCAAGAAUUCAAUUUCAUUGUGCCCACGGGAAAGACUGGGUUAAUUAUUGGGAAAGGUGGUGAAACUAUCAAGAGCAUUAGUCAGCAAUCUGGUGCUAGAAUAGAACUUCAGAGAAAUCCUCCACCGAAUGCCGACCCUAACAUGAAACUGUUUACUAUCCGGGGGACACCUCAACAGAUUGAUUAUGCUCGUCAGCUCAUAGAAGAAAAGAUUGGAGGUCCAGUGAAUCCAUUGGGUCCACCUGUGCCACACGGACCUCAUGGUGUUGUUCCUGGGCCACAUGGGCCUCCUGGGCCGCCGCCUGGGGCUCCAAUGGGACCUUACAAUCCUGCUCCUUACACGCCUGGCCCUCCUGGUCCUGCACCUCAUGGGCCUCCAGCACCAUAUGCACCACAAGGAUGGGGUAAUGCGUACCCACACUGGCAGCCACCCAAUCCUCCAGACCCUGGUAAGCCAACAGAUCCUAAUUCGGCAGCAUGGGCAGCCUAUUAUGCUCACUAUUAUCAGCAGCAAGCACAACCGCCGCCUGCAGCUCCACCUAGUGCUCCACCAGCCACUCAGACCAAUGGACAAGGAGAUCAACCAAAUCCAGCACCAGCAGGGCAGGUAGAUUACACCAAGGCAUGGGAAGAAUACUAUAAAAAAAUGGGUCAACAAGGGCAGCCACAAGAUUAUUCAAAAGCUUGGGAGGAAUAUUACAAGAAGCAAGGUCAGGCAGUUCCAGCUCCAGCCGGAGCCCCACCAGCCGGUCAGCCAGAUUAUAGUGCAGCGUGGGCUGAAUACUAUAGACAGCAGGCAGCCUAUUAUGCCCAGACAAGUCCACAAGGAAUGCCACAACAUCCUCCAGCACCACAGGGCCAAUAAUAAGAAGUGGACAAUACAGUAUUUGCUUCAUUAUGUGGGGGAAAAAAACCUUUGUUAAAUGUGUGGAUGCAGACGCCUUGAUGAAGAUCAUAAUUUUUGUUUGGUUAAAAUAGUGUUUUUGAAAAUGUACAAAAUAUCUAUCACUUCUGAUAGGAGGUAAUAUUUCUGUGUAGAAAUGGAAAUUGGUUUGUUUUUAGUACAUUAGUAUAGAUGUACACAUUCCAGCAAAUGUAUUUGCAACUAUUAUGUGGUCAAUGCUUUGUGAUAUAAAUGUACUUUUUCAAUGUAUACUUGAUCACUUUUAAAUGCCUGUUUUGUGCUUUACAAUAAAUAAUAUGAAACCUCCUGUGUCGGUAAGUUGGAUAUGUGGGUACUCAGAGAAUGCAAGGAUUUGUUAGUAAUGCUGUACAUGUACACAAAUAAGACUUUUUUCCCCCUUGGAAGUUUGGGCUUGACAUUGAUAUUCUCCCCUUGCAGAAUAGUUAUAGAAGGAUCUCUUUUGUUACUGUAUUUUUCUGUUUAGCAUCUUGGUCUUCUCUUUCUAUUUGAUUAAAAAAUUGCAUGUAUGUGAAGGCGUUUCUUGACAUACUUUACUGCACUAACAGUUGCAAUUUCUUUUUUUUUAUUCAUGACCACUGUCUCAGACCCAUACAGCUGCUGUAGUUAACAUUUGUUUUUAUACAUGAUUUCAUUCUUAAGUAUAUUUUUCAGGCACGUUACUAAACUCAGUUUACUGUAGAAGGCAAAAUGUGCUAAGCAAUCAGUUUGCAGCACUUUGCUUCAAAAUUCAGUGUAGUAAGGAUGAUAUGUUUUAUAGUUACCAAAACUGCAUUUGUCUUAGGAACAUGUUUUCAGAGUGUGGGAGUGCUUAACAGAAAAACGUCUUGCAGAUGAGGUCUUUUUAAAUGCUGAAGACUAGUCAAUGAGUGGUAUUUUGCAAAAUCUCCGUAAUCCAUUUAACUUCUAAUAAUCCAUACUGAAAAUUGAUAUUCUGAUAAAAUCCACUGUUUGCUUUUUUGCAUAUCUUAGAUUACAUGCAAUACAGUCUGUCUUGCCAUUGUCUGUUGAAGUGCAGGUUUGAUCCAGCCAGUAUAGAACUAGCUCUGUAGGGGUGAGGAGGACUGUGCUGUGUAUCAUCCUUGAUUGUUCCUUCAAGGAGCAUUGCACUGUAAGUACAUCAGAAUGACAAAAUGAUGAACUGCAACAGUAUCUUUUUGUCAAUGUUCCACAUAAUGCAAAUGCCAUACCUGUGUGAAUAUUAUGUUGGAAUAAAAUACAGUGCUCAUAUCUUAGAAAAUCAUAAUUGCUUCUUAAUUCAGAAACCUAGAUAUGCAUAAAUAUCUGUUUGUAUGAGCUUUAUGGGUAAGUAUUCCUUGAGACAUUUAGCUUUAGCUAAAGAAAUUGUCAUUUGCCUAAGAAACAUUAUUCGUUAGGAGUUCGGAAAUGAGAUACCACGAGAUACAAACUUGUGCAUUGCUAAAGUUUAAAAUGCUUGUGAGGUGCAGGUUGUUUUGUGUUCGGUUGUCUGCAUAUGUUUGGUGAUACAGGUAUAUGUUAAUUUUAUAAACCUUUAUUAGCCUUUGGAAAAUGAUUUUGUUGUUUUGGAGUAUACUCUUAGGGUGGCUGCAAGAGAAGAAAAAAGAGGUCUAAAAUAAAGUAGUUUUACUGCACAGAUAACUAGAAAUGCAUUUUGUUGUACUGUAGAAUCAGGAGGGAAUUAUUUUAUCCCAAUUUAGGUUAGGAUUUAAAUUUUGAAAGGAAAAAAAGCCCUGCUAGGAAGUUAUUAAAUAUAUGUAGUGUAGGCUUUGAAGUCUCUAGAUCAAAUAUUUUGCAUGAUUAGUUUGUAGUUUAUUGGAGAAUGGUGUACUUACUAACUAAACAGAACAAAAAUUCACCAGAUUCUUUAUCAUUCACCAAAUGGAGGCUGUUGAUUUUGAUUCAUUUAAAGUAUAAAAUCUUUAUUAAUUGCAAACAGUGCAAUUAUUUAUACUUCACAGUGCCUUCCCAGACCUUCCACCUUAGGUUCUGCUGCAAAAAGCACAGGUAAGCACAACCUAAGGAAGUGUAUAAAUACAUAUUUCAGUAUAUUAAUGUUGUCCCUGUGAGAUUUUUUCUGUGCUUGUGUAUUCAAAAGCAAUCUGCUAAUACCGUUCCCCAAAUGUAUUCUGCUAUUCAUGGUUUCAUUCCAGUGGAAAGUCUGAAACAAUUACUGACAUUUCUGGGUAAAUGUGUAUCUUUAUUUUUAAAAGAUAAGUGGAUUGCUGCAGUAAUUUUUGAGUAAGUCAUUUUUACUAUUUUUCCCUCAAUAGCCUGAGUUGUUACAUAUGAAUAUAAAAUAUUUUUUCAAGAUACAGGAACUAUUGGUCAGAACUUCAACAGCCUUCAAAAAUGUUUUUAUAAUGUUAAAGGAUGUUAUACCCAUUACUACUUAUUCAAGCAUACUGUAUGUUUCUCUUAAUCCCAAGCAAGUUUAAGGUAUACACCAUUUAAACAUAAAUUAAUCUAGUUUGCUUGUUUUAUAAAGAGGAAAAUUAGACUUGAAUUUUACAGAAUAGUUUAGAAAGCAUGUAUGCCAGUGAAAUGUUAACAGUUGGCAAAUAUUUCUUUUUUAUAGCUAUCUCCUUCCUACCUUGCUAUUUCAGCUGAACUGCUGUAUAUUUUUGCCAGUUUAAAUGUUUUGUAUAUGGCUUAUCUAGAUAGUUUAACUGGUGCAGUUUUUCAGUUUAAGUAAAGAAUACAAUGCUGAGGCAGUAUCAUCAGUUUUUUGUUCAUCACUUAAUAAAAUGCUUUGGUUUUAUCAAGUCCUGCUUUUAUCUGCAUCAAAGAAAAAUAUUCAAAAACCCUGCCUUCAUUUUCACACACAGUGCUGAAGAUGCUGCAAGCACCAAAUCAUAGCUCAUAAAAUCAGGUCCUGAGAUAGUUACUUCCAAUAAAGAGGAUUCCUUUGAGUGUAUGGCCAUGGUGAGCCGAUGAGCAUGGACCAUAGAAGGGCUCCAUGUAGAAGGUAAAAUUGGCAAAACAAUACCGAUUUUAAAUGUAUCCCAUACUUAAUGGUGUAGGGUAUAAUUUGCCUGUUUUAAUCGCUUCUCAUUCUUUAAAGUGCUAUUUGCCUGACCAUAAAUGUUCCAUAAUUUGUUAUGUGGUAAUACUACAAACCAUCUAUCAAUUUGCACUUUGCUAAAUAGUCAAGCAUAGAUAUGUUUUGCAUUUUCACAACUAAAUUAAUAGUUGUACUUGAAUUCCCUCAAGACACUUCAUUUUUUGUUGUAGUUUGACAUGUCAGUUUGCAUUUUUAUAGAACAACUAGGUAUGUGCAGACUAGCUUUAUCUUGGUUAGAUUGUUUCACCAUUUUACAAUAAAAAACUAUUUGCUCCAGUUUCAAUAUAUGUAGCUUAAACAGAAAGUAACUUUAAGGAGAAAGGAUGUAAUAAAAAUGGUUGGCAUAGGCGAUGAUAGAAGAUUUGCUUUACUAUUUUUGUAUUUCAUUUAAAGUUUGCUGAUGGACCUAUAGGCAUCUUCUUGCCCUAAGAGUAGUUCUACUGUUUGGUUUGUCUCGUUUCUUUUAGAAAUGUUAGGUUGGAUCAAUAGGUUCCAACACUGGGAUCCAGUCCAUAGGCGGUUAUUUUAUCGUUGAGCAGUUCAUGUGCUAUAGCAGGGGGGAAAUGUAGCAUUCUAACAAAACAGAGUAAUGAAUGUUUUAAAAAGUAUCUUGAUUUCAUCUGAUAGUACCAUCUCCAGACCAUCCUUCAGUAUGUAUUCUUGUUUAAGAUAUGCUUUUCUAGUUUAAAAAAAGCAGUCUUUAUCUAGAUUUAUUUGUGUAAAUCACCCUUUAGUGAUCUUAAUUGCUAGGUAGGCUGCAUCGUUCACUAAUCCUUUUUCCUGAAAAAAAAAAAAGAGACUUGCCAGCUGCUAGGAAAUCUUUAUUUUUGUAAACUAAAAGGUAGAGCUGUUCCCUUUUCUUUGUGUACUAGCAGUUCAUAAACCAUAACAUUAGGUCCUACAGAAUUCAUAAUGUAGAUAUACAUGUUCUACUGGUAGUACCCUAUAAAACUUUGUGUUUAUGCAACCGUUAUCUUAUAUGCAUGCAAGAUGCAUUUUCGUCCUGAGAUAGUGUUCUCUACAGAAACUACCCGUGUUAAAAAAAAGAAGACUGUCUUUUAAAGGCAACUGUGAUGGGAAGUAUCUUAGGGAGAUGCAGCUUGGACGUGAGGUAAAUCAAAUGCUUUACAGUAUGUUGUGUUGAGCUUGCGAUAUUGACAUUGUCUGUACUCAUGAAUUACCCAUUAAUUGUAAUGAUUUUGUAUGAGUUCUCAAUAAAUGUAAACUAAUGAA